AUGAAUGAAGUCGUACAACUGGGGACUCUACCCCGAUCGCAACUCCCGAAUACUACGUACGAAAAAGCAUCGUCGUACUUUGAGGCCCUGGCAGAUCUAUACCUUCUGCACCUGAGAAGUCAGAGAAACGAGGCGGAUAUCUCGCCGGAUGCCGAUGCAGAUGUCCUGGCGGAUGGCUUCCGACACAAGUUCGUGGCGAGGUUUCUCUUCCGCAAGCUUGUCCAAGAUCAGAAGCUGAGAAAGCAAUGGAUCUUCUACGACGAUGGUCCAUUCCAUGUCUGGUGUGAUGAUUUUCGACCGGAAAUCGUUCUAGUUGAUGGAGAUGAACGCAUCAUUGGUGUGGUCGAUUGGGAGUUUACCUAUGCUGCUCCGGUUGAAUUUUCUCAUGCCGCGUCUUGGGGGCUUCUUCUUAGAAAGCCCGAAGUUUGGCCGAAAGGUCUGGAUGAUUGGUGUGUUAAGUAUGAGAAAGCUCUGCACACCUUUCUGGUGGCGAUGAGGAAAUGCGAAGACGAGGAAAUUCAGAAGAAGCUGUUAGUGGAAGCCCACCCUUACGUUUCUCCAGAGUUGGCUCAUCAAUGUCUUCUAUCUCUGCUAUUUGACUCUCGCUGCGCUGCCUCUUUUGUGACUGAGGUCAAGAAGACCAUGCAGUGGCAUUCAACUAUCGACACACUGAAGAACCCUCUCUCCGGGUAUCUGUCUCCUGCCGUCGAUUUGUUGAGCAGUCUGGACCACUUGCACGGAAAAGCUCUGAAGAAAGAAUUCAGCAGCCAGUUCGAAUUUGACACAGCCCUUCAGCGCCUGUUGGCCUCUGCCAACGAUGGACAUCUGGGAUACAGCGGUUGCUCCCAGAAGAUUUUCCAAUUUACUCUCAACACUCCUAUAGCCUCAGUUUCGUCUGAUAGAUUGGAAAUUCCCGAAGUUUACGCUUUGGACUAUGUCCAUUUACUUGGCAACCAUUCUGAUCUUGUCUCUCCAAUUGUAUCAAUCAAUGGCAAGAGGGCAGAGAGUUACCUCGAGAACAUCUCACACCACCAAGGCUAUCAGGACCCAGAUGCCAGGUAUAAUCAGCUCUUUGACUCACUUACCCGUGUCCCGGAGACUAUGACUGCCAAUAGAACCGAGAAAAAGGUGAACGUAAAAUCUGUCCCACUUGCCCAGUACAAAUUCAACUAUACCGACAGUCGAGUUCUCUUCAAAGACUACUGCAUCCCGCAGCCUUCCUCGGACGACGAGGAUGAUGAAGAGGAGGAAGAGACGACCGCCGCUAGCUUGCCCGCCUCGCCGUUCCUACCAAGGCGAUCCGACAAGGGCGAAGGUGAACCGAACAACGCGACCAAGUUCAUCCAGGAGGCCAAGAAGGCUGGUAAGAAGAAGCUCAUCAUCGAUCUGUCCAACAAUAGUGGAGGUUUCAAUGCGAGCGGAAUGGACCUGUUCAAGCUAUUUUUCCCGGACAAGGAAAUUUAUAGCGCGGCUCGUCUGCGCGCCCAUGAGGCUCUUAAUAUUUAUGGAAAGGUUAUGAGCAAGAUCCCGCGAGGAUCUGAAUUGGCAGAAGCAUAUGACUUGACCCUCUCCGACCUAGUUACCCCUAACCAGACUGCCUUCGAGUCCUGGGCGGAGUACUACGGUCCGCACGAGCUGGCGCAAUUGAACCAGACUAGUUUGGUCUCGAAUCUCAAACUGAACGACUCCAACUGGGAUUUGGUCAUUCGCGGCUAUGGCAUCGUUAAGUAG